AUGAAGUUACUUGCUUCUCAUAGUCAACAGGAGAAAAGCUCAAGUUGGCUUGAAAGCAGAAAGAGAUUCCUUGACCAUCAGCCAACUCCAGGCUUCAAAAUGAUCCAAGGUCUCUUGGUAACUGUCUGCUUAGCGGUUUUCCCAUAUCAAGGGAGUUCUAUAAUCCUGGAAGCUGGGAACGUUAACGAUUAUGAAGUAGUAUAUCCACAAAAAAUCCAUCCAUUGCCCAAAAGCAGAAUUGAACGUGAGCAAAAGAUGAAGUAUGAAGAUACCAUGAAAUAUGAAUUUAAAGUGAACGGAGAGCCAGUGGUCCUUCACUUAGAAAAAAAUAGAGGACUUUUUUCCAAAGAUUACACCGAGACUCAUUAUUCCCCUGAUGACAGAGAAAUUACAACACGCCCUCAGGUUGAGGACCACUGCUAUUAUCAUGGACGCAUCCAGAAUGACAUUGACUCAACUGCAGUCAUCAGUGUAUGUGACGGAUUGAAAGGACAAUUCAGGCAUCAAGGUGAGACGUACCUUAUUGAACCCUUGAAGCUUUCUGACAGUGAAGCCCAUGCAGUCUACAAAUAUGAAAAUGUAGAAAAAGGGGACAAGACCCCCAAAAUCUGUGGGGUAACCAGCACCAGUUGGAAAUCAAAUGAAUCCAUCAAAAGGACCUUUGACAUGUCCUUUACUGCUGAAGAACAAAAUAACUUGGAGGUCCAAAAAUAUCUUGAGCUUUUCAUAGUUGUAGACAAUUCAAUGUUCAAUAAGUACAGCCGCAACACCAUUAUUAUAAGGAAGAGGGUGUUUGAUAUGAUCAACUAUAUAAAUGUGGUUUAUAAAUCUUUGGGAAUUCAUGUAACAUUGAAUGGCCUAGAAAUUUGGUCCAUCAAAGAUAAAUUUCUGGUCAACGAAUCAGAGGACAACAAUUUAUCCUCCUUUUCAGCAUGGAGAGAGUCAGUUCUAUUGAAGCGCAAAAAGAAUGACAACGCUCAGUUACUAACGGCUGUUGAGAUGGAUCGAAUAACUUUAGGAUACGCUUUCAUUAGAACCAUGUGUGAUUCUCUGAAAUCUACGGGAGUUAUUCAGACUGAACUGAAGAACGUGUUGAAGAGUCAACUAGUUCCCCUGCAGUUCAGCUCUUGCAGUUUAAUGGAUUAUCAGCAAUUUAUGAUGACUGGGACCCUACAAUGCGUUAUGAACAAACCCGCAAACACAGAUAUUCUUCAAAAUUCAGUUUGUGGGAAUGCCUAUGUGGAGGAGGGAGAAGAAUGUGACUGUGGCUCUCCAAAGGAAUGUGCAAAUGACUGCUGUGACAUUGCAACAUGUAAACUGAAACCUGGGGCAGAGUGUGCAGAAGGGGCAUGUUGUGAGGAAUGCCAGAUUAAGAAAGCAGGAGAAGAAUGCCGGGAGGCAAGAGAUGACUGUGACUUACCUGAACUCUGCACUGGACAAUCUGCUGAAUGUCCCAUAGAUCGUUUCCAAACAAAUGGGCACCCAUGCCUAAACAACCAAGGUUACUGCUUCAGGGGGAACUGCCCCACUUUGGCAAACCAAUGUACUGCUCUCUGGGGGCCUGAUGCAAAAGUGGCUCCAGAUGAAUGUUUUGAGAAUAACAGGAAUGGCGAUAAAUAUGGCUACUGCAGAAAGGAAAACGGUAGAAACAUUCCAUGUGAACCAGAGAAUGUAAAAUGUGGCAGGCUCUACUGCACAGGUGGUAGAGAGUUCCCUACAUAUGGAGAAAAGAUCGUUUUUGGUUCGUGCAAAGCCAGCCAUUAUGAAUUAAUUGAUGAUAUUGGAAUGGUCGAUCCAAUAACAAAAUGUGGAGAAGGAAAGUGCAGCGCAAGGCUCUGUGAGAGCAGCAGGCAGACCACUUCAGCCAUGGGGCAGCAACAGCACCUGCGGCGGCAACACGGAUCAGAACCAAGUUCUCACUUCAAGAAAGUUCAUUGGAUUCUACAUCAGAUUCGGUGUCAGAACUGA